AUGGCCAUGAAGCGCAUUGUCGAUUGGCGCAAACUGCCAGUGAGCCUAACAGAACUCUGCAUUGACACGACCUUGCGGUGUGGCCAGUCCUUUAGGUGGCGGAAACUCAACGAUGAAUGGACAUGUACCCUACAUGGGAGGAUAUUGUCAUUGAAGCAAGACGCAACCCAUCUACACUAUAAAGUGACUUGGCCAGAACAAUCGCCAAUCUCGUCCAGCAAAGAUCUGCCAUCAGAGAAGGACGAUACAGAAGACCUCCUUCGCCACUACUUCAGUUUAAAUAUAGAUCUGGCUUCCCUGUAUCAACAAUGGUCGAAGGAUGAUCCAAAUUUUCGGGAAAAGGCACCGCAGUUUACGGGAGUUCGAAUCCUGAACCAAGAUGCAUGGGAGGCAUUGAUAUGCUUUAUAUGCAGCAGCAACAAUAACAUAUCUCGAAUCUCUCAAAUGGUUCAUAAACUUUGCAAGCAUUACGGCCCACUGAUUGGCCACAUAGAGGGAGAGGCCAUGCACGAUUUCCCAACCCCCGAGUCUCUGACUAAGAAAGCAGUCGAGGCUCAUUUAAGAGAACUUGGCUUUGGAUACCGCGCCAAGUACAUCGCAGAGACGGCUCGCAUCAUUGCAAAGGAAAAGCCUUCAGCAUGGCUAGACUCAUUACGCAACCCAGACUUCCCUGCAUUUAAUGCCGUGGCAGUAGUAGAUGGACCGCAAUCUACCUACAAAGAUGCCCAGGCCGCACUACUCUCCCUCACCGGCGUCGGUCCAAAGGUGGCCGACUGUGUGUGCUUAAUGGGCCUGGGAUGGGGAGAAUCAGUCCCAGUAGAUACACAUGUUCUUCAGAUUGCCCAGAGAGAUUAUCGCUUCGGCAAAAAGGGCCCCAAAACCAUCAACAAGGUCAUGUACGAUGCCAUUGGCGACCAUUUCAGAAGCAUAUGGGGGAAAUAUGCGGGCUGGGCUCAUUCGGUCUUGUUCACAGCCGACUUGCGAGAAUUUUCAAGCCGUGUCAAGGAAGAAAAGCUCGAGGAGCCGUCACAGAAAGAAGAUGGUUCAGUCCCAAAGAAGGGGUCUACAAGGAAGAGGAAAGCAACUGUUGCAGUAGAAACUAUACUUGUGAAGGAAGAAGAUACAAAAGAGGGCGCCAUUUUGGAAGUGGAAACGACAAUCAAAAGGCGGCGAACAAGAGCUCGGCCAUAG